AUUAUUUUCUCUUAUUUUUCCCGGGAUCAGUUAAAGACUGCUCCUGACGGAACGGAAACUUUGUCUGCCCAUCCGGCUCGUUUUUCUCCUGAAGACAAAUACAGCAAAUAUCGUGUGAUCAUAAAAAGACGCUUUGGAAUACUGCCUACUCAACAAGCAAAGAUCGUUUACUGA